AAACCUGGCAGCGCCGGAGAUCAAGCACAUAGCGCUGCCAUAAAUGUUAUCGAUAUUGUAGUGUUCUAGAAAUCAAAAUUCAAAAUUCGACCGUUUAUGUAGUUGGUGUGCGUUCUUGGAAAUGCAUCGUCGUUGCAUUAUCUGUGGCCAGGAGCCAAGCAGACAAUGUAUCUAUCCGCGCAACAUGAUGGAGGCACGCCGGUGGCAAAAUCUGGCUAAUCUCGGCAGCUUUGACGUGGACACGGAAUCCUUGUGCCAGCACGGCUGUGUUUGUGCUAUGCAUUUAGACACAGACCAGGAGUACGGCUCAAAUCUGGGGAGUACAUCUGGGGCUGUUUGUCCGCUGAGGCGUGCAGGCGGGAAGAUAUCAGCGCAAGACAAAGCUGCCGUCAAAAAGAGCUCAUUUCAAACGGGUCGGUUCAAGGCAACCACACCACAAGCCAACAAUAAGAAGUCAGGCGUGGGGAUGAAUACGCAAGACAAACCGAUGUUGGAGUCGAUUCCACAAGAAAGUUGUAACGUGGACAGAAGCAACAUUGAACUCCACCGGUGUCGCGGAGCCAUGCUUCAGGGAAAUCUGUAUUCCCAAUUGCGGAAGAACUGUAAUCGCCAACGGUCAACAGGCUCAACCAACGACACUGCUGCGCGACGAAUUUUAAAAGCAAAAAAACCAACUAUUCCGCAACUGUAUGCCUGUAUAAACUAUCCAAUACUGCGGGUCUCCAACGCUGUACCAGAAGAAUCCACGUGUCCUUUGAUGCGGAGCCCCAGUGCCGCGGCAGAAUCUAGUACCUGUGAAUGCAUCCUUCAAAAAACUCAAAAUAACACCCAAAGUCAUUUGCAGCAAAGGUCGAUAUCUUAUGAUCCACUCCCAUGUUACGUGUGUAAUCAACAACAGUUUAAGAGUGAUGAAGAUUUACCCUCACGCUGCACCUCCAUCGGUCAAAAUAGCUCCACGACAAGCGAGAGUCACCACGAACGGAGGCCAGAAUUAAAAUGUAAAUGUUGCCAGGCAUGCAUUAGCUGCCAGCUGAAGGAUCAAGAGGUGCAAUGUUCCCAGCACACUUUGCAACCUAAGGCUUCUUCAGCGGCAGUGAUACCUACAUCUAGCACCAAGCUAAAAGCCAUCUCAAUAACAACGGGAUGCGAAUGCGACACGGGCAAAGAUUUUUCCAGCCAGCGAUCAGCUAGUUUAGGGACGAAAUAUGGCAGUGUCAGUUCUAAGACCAUCUCGUGCUCAGAAAACACCAAUAUGCCUAACUUUGCAUAUGGCGGUGAGGAACAACAAUUUUCCGUCAAUGCUAUUAAUGUGCUCCUUAUGAACGGUUCCCGUCAUAAUAAGUAUGAAGGCCCUAACCCAGAGAUCUGCGUACAGGAGUCUGACCUAGCAGAUUGCAACGAACGCGCAGUUUUUCCAAAUGUCGACAAACCCAACUACCGAUUGUGUCGGGCUGCCACCACAGAUUCCAAUACCAAUGGCAAACAGGACGAAGCCAACGUACUGGUUCUUGAAGAGGGUCCCAUGGAUGAAUGCAGCCCUGAAUGCAAAAGUAACCAGGAGCAGACUCAAAGUGAACUACAGAUUGUGGAAGGAAUCAAAUCUGUAGACCAGGAGAUCCGAUCCGGCCAAUUUGGUGACAACUGCAUAAAUUCAUCAGCCCCAGCUAACUUUACCAAAGUUCUGGAACUGCAGAGGGCACGCAUCAAUGAACUGGAGAAUCUGCUGCAGCAACACAACAAGCUGCAACAGACCAUCCAGACAAGGAUGGCGGAGCUGCAGGGCCAAGAAAAGCCGGCUAAAAGCGCUAAUAAAAAAUAGCUAUAUACAUUUCAA